AUGAGCGCGGGAGACAUGCUGCGCCUGCUGAGCCCCACCGUCGCCACCGCCGCGAAUCUCGGGUCCUGUACUGUAGGCGGGCCGUAUGCUUGCCCCACGUGCUUCCUCAAGUUCCCCUCGCUGCACGCGCUCGGUUACCAUGAGAACGCGCGCCACGGGCGGGGGGGAGGGGUAUACAGCGGCGGAGUGGGGAGUGAGGAAACCGCAGGCGCAGGUGCAGGCGGGGGCGCGGGCGUGGCCGCGGGCGUGGGGGCAAUGGGGAUACUUCCGGCCCGGGGGUGGACGCUGAGGCGAUCCAGUAGGUAUUUCCAGCAGCCUCUCGCGUCUACUUAUAGCGAGGUGUUUGAGGAGGCUGUGAGCAAUGGAGAGCGGAUUGCGGAGGGGUGUGUUGGCGGGGCUGGUGCAGGGUACAGUGACAGGAACGUGCGCGCUCGUGCUAGUGGUGAAGGUGCUGCUAACGAGGUGCUAGGUGCUGGGCUGGCAGCUUUACAGGUGCACGAGGGGAAGGCAGGAGGGAAGGAGAAGAGGGUGGGGGAGGGGGUUGGCGCUGCGAUUAAGAGAAGCAGCUUUGUGGAGGGUGGCUCUGGGAAGCAACAGGGGCCCGCGCUCUUCCGCCCCAUCUCCCGGCCGCUUGCGCCAAUUUCCCUCUCCCCGCCGGUCCCUUCCCGCACUGUCCGCACCGUUCGUGCGGCGCGGGGGGGGAGGCGGCUGACGGGGCCGGCUGGCGCGGCCGUGGAUGCUCUCCACUGCCGCUUGCUUCCGCAGGGCGGGUCCGCAGCAGCACGCGGUCCGCGCGUCCGCCGGCUGCGCGCGGCUCGCCUUGCGGAGGAGGCCCACUCGCGCGCCGAUGCGCCGCAGCCGCGGAAGGGCGCGCGACCGUCCGCUGGAUCCUUCCCUACUGGUGUGAAUGACGCGGGGCAUUCCGCCACCCCUUCCGCCAACCCUUCCGCCACCCCUUCCGCAACCCCUUCCGCGACACCUUCAGCUACAUCUUCCGCCACCCCUCCCGCCAGCCCAUCCGCCGCUGCCGCGAUUGCUGCGGAGGCGGUGGUGGGGGGUGUCAUGGCGGGGGGGCGACUGGCGCGGGAGGCGGGGCGGGAGGAGGAGAUGCGGAGGCGCAGGCGGAGGCAGAGGCGGAGAGACCUGGUGGUAGAGGUGGAGGCGGAGGGGGUGGCGGAAGCAGUGGUGGGCGCAGUCACAAUGCGCGCAGGCGCGGAGGCUGCUCUUGAGGCGCCCCAGAGGCGGCGCAGGGGGAGGCGGAGGCGGGGAGACGUGGUGGGGGGGGCGGAGGGGGCGGGGAAGGGGGAGGGGCAGAGGGAGAGGGACGGGGAAGGGGAGAGGGGCCGGGACGGGGAGGGGAAGGAGGUGAAAGAAGGAAUGGCGAGGGUACGGGGGGAGAGUAGGGGAGGACGGGCGGAGGGGAAUGAGAAGAGAAUGGAGACGGGGAAGAUGCAAAGGGAGUCACAAGAAGCUGGGGGGGAAGGAAGGCGGAUAGGCUUGGGGAAGGUAGAGGAAGAGAGGGAGGGAACGGAGGAGGAAAGGGAGGAGGAAAGGGAGGAGGGAAGGGAGGAGGGAAGGGAGGAGAGGGCGGUUGGUAUCUGGGCAGAGCUUGCAAGGGUUGAGGUGAUAAAGGAAGCAAGAAAGGAGGAGGAGGGGUGGGAGGAGGAGAAAGAAGAGGAGUUUUGGGAGGAAGAGGAGGAGGGGAAUGAGGGAGAGAUUUGGGAAGAAGAGGAGGAGGAACAGGACGAAAUAGAAGGAAAAGGGGAGCAAAAUUCAGAGUGUGAGAAAGAGAACCGUGACACCCCAUCCCACCACACUGCACCGCCCCCCACCAGUCCCACCACCACCUGCACCGCCACUCUGGUUCGGGACCUCUUCUCCUUGCACCUGACGUCUGAGGGCCUCCCACCCUCCAUUGCUGCACAGGUGGCGGGCAGCAUGCCACGCACCAUCCACUCGCUCCUAGCAGAGGCGCGCCGCUGCGACUGGGUGUCGUACCGCCUAAACCUGCCCAUGGCCGCGUCCCUGUCCUCGUUAGUGGCUGACUCGCUGCAGGUGCAGGGGCUGCCUCGGAUCGUGGUCAUGCUUGUUAACAUGGGCUUGCAGCCAGCAGCAGUGGCCUCCCUGCUGGAGCGGCGGCAGGUAUCACUCUCAGAGCUGGUAGCAAAGCUGCAGUUCCUGCAGAGCAUUGGAGUGCGCCCGCGCUUCCUGGGAGCCGUGCUCAUGGGCUGCCCUCGCUUCCUCGACAUGCCGCUCGCACUGCUGCACACCCAUGCCACGCACCUCAUGGCGCACUGCUGCACCGGCGUGGACAUUGGCAAGGUGGUGGACGUGUAUCCUUCUGUGCUUGGCAAGGCAGUGCAUGGCGUGGACAUUGGGAAGGUGGUGGAGGUGUAUCCUCCUGUGCUCGGCAAGGCAGUGCAUGUAAGUGAUGCAGGGGCAUGUGGGGGCGACCUCUUGCUCAUAUCACAUCCUUCCUGCGACACCACCUCAAUAUCCCCUCAUGGUCUCGUCCUUCAUCCCUCACACCAUCCCUCGAUGCAACCCCACCUCCGCCUCUCGUCCCCUGUUCGUUCGCUGCCAACGUCAUCCCGCUCACAUCCUUCCUCCGCCACCACCUCCACAUCCCCGUGUGCGGGUACCCACCCCCUUCCAUAUUUUCUCCCCAUUCCCCCCACCACCUCCCAUGUCCCCCCCACCACCUUUCUCCAGGCCAACGUCAUCCCGCUCACAUCCUUCCUCCACCACCACCUCCACAUCCCCUCAUCCGUCAUCCCUCGCAUAGUGCGCGGCUACCCCAAGCUGCUCGGCUGUUCACUGCAAGCCAACCUGCGGCCCAAGGUGCUUGCGCUCUGCGCUGUCCUCCCCGGCCUCACACCGCCCCUGCUCGGCACCAUGCUGCGCCGAUGCCCCUCGCUGCUCGCCUGCAGCCUGGAGGAGAGGUUGUUACCUGCCAUUGAAUUCCUGUCCACGAACCUCCUACUCUCACCACCACAGCUGCUCAAACUGGUCUCCACAGCACCACAGGUAGUAGAAACUGCAAGGAAUGGACCCAAGAGUGGGGCUGACCCCACAGCAGCAGGCAGCCAACCCUUUCCUGCCACUGCCCUCCUCCCUGUCCAGGUGCUAACCCAGUCAGUGCCACACACACUGCGACCAAAACUCCUCUUCCUCUCGCACACAGUGGGUCUGACCGCACAGCAGCAGGUGGCCAUGCUGCCACGGCAGCCCAACGUGCUGUGCCUGUCGCUGCCCCUGCUGCGCCGUAACCACUCCUCCCUGCGCGCGCUGGGCUUCUCACAUGAAGAGAUUCGCCGCAUGCUCAUGCUCUUCCCCACGCUGCUGCUGCUCAGUCCCGACAACAUCCAAGCCAAGUGCUCCUUCCUCACAGGCCCCAUGGGUCGCCCCCUAGCACACGCCGCCACCUUCCCCCAUUUCUUCGGCUACAGCCUGCACCGCCGCAUCCAGCCCCGCUACAGCCGCCUGCAGGCUCUAGGCGUCUCCCCGCCCCCCUCUCUCGCUUCCAUGCUCUGCUGUACCGACCAGGUGUUUCAAUCCAAGUGGGCUGUAGCACCGGAGGGGGAUGGCAGGGGGAAGGUUGUUGAGAGUUCUCAAAGCAAGGGGGCUGGAGCGGGGGAGGGGGAUAGGAGGGGGAAAAGGGUGGAGGGGGAGGCAGGAGGGUUGCGGGGAGCGAGGGUAGGGUAG